UAAUCAAUCAUAGCAAGAAAGUGAAACAGAAGAAAACACAGAAGAGAAACAAAGAAACUCUCUCUUUCAUUCCGAAGUUUCUGUAAGAUGGACGUUUUCGAUGGACUUCCUGAUCCGAUCAUCGUCGACAUCUUGAACAAAGUUGGUGACGUCAAAACCUUACUUCGUUGCACUUCUCUUUCAAAAAGAUUCAACUCGCUUGUCCCUCAGUCUGAGUCACUCAUCCUACGACUCGACCGCCCCGAGUCCGAUUCACCAGUCACCAGUAUCUUCCAAUCCUUAUUCAAGUCCUUUCACGGUCUCUUCUCUCUUUUCUCUAAACCGGCUAAACCAAUCCCAGUCACGGCUCUCUCUCCGAGUCUCCCCUCCAAGAUUCUCUCCCCGUUUGACAAGAUCCGGAGUUUGGACGUCGAGCUUCACGGCGGCGAUGUAAAGCUAGAAAAAGGCGCCGCCGUGAAGUGGAAAGCGGACUUUGGGAAAACUCUCAAGAGCUGCGUCGUUGUCGCGUUCCGUUCCGCCGCUACCGUGUCUUCUCCCGUCGCCGUAGACGGUGAGUCAGACGCCGAGUUUGUGACUGGACUGAAGACACGUGUCGUGUGGACGUUAAGCGCGUUGAUGGCUGCUUCGUCUCGUCAUUACUUGAUGAGAGAAGUCGUGAAGGAGCACGAGGAGAUGGAGAGUUUGAUCAUGCGUGACGUAGAAGGCGAGGGGACGGUGGUGAUGGACGCGGCAGGGCUUAAAGAGUUUAGAAAUACGGAGGCGCGUGUGGAAGACGAGGAGCGCGUGGUGAAAAAUAGCAGGAGUGUUGUCCCGAGCGUGAGGAUGAGUAUGAGACACGCGCCGUCUCUGAAACUUAAGAGUGGUAUUUGUUUAGAAUCCGCCACGCUUGUGAUCGUCCGUCCGAGUGGAGAAUAUUCCGAUGUCGGAGAUGAUGCUGAACUGGCGACGGAGGCUUUCGCCGGAGAUUGUAUGUACGGUGAAGCGGUCGUCGCUUUGUUAAAGUGCAAGAAGAACGCUUUAGAGAUGAAUUCAUUUUAAGUGUUUGUUGGGUCUCGUGAUGGGCCUUGUGGGCUUCUUGUGUUUUACAUUUGUAAGAAUGAUUUUUUUCUUUUGUACGCAUUUUUAAUUAUUACACUGUACAAAGUUGGAUAUUCACUUGACUUGUCUUUACCAAUUUGGUCAAUCUUUGGAAGCAUAUGCGAAUUUGGAUCCUUGUGACAAAAGAAAAACAAUAAUGUGGCAUGAAUGGU